AUGUAUAAUUAUAAUUUUUGGAUUGAUGAAUCAUCCUUUUCCCCAAAUAAAGAAAACAAACCUUCAGUACCCGUCAUUAAGGUACCCUUUCCACCCAUGGUCAAUCCAGAAGAAUUAGUUACAAGGCAAAGGAAGGUAAAAUCCAAGAAGGUAAAAUCCCAGAUUCCUACAAAACCACCGAAUGCGUUUCUGAUUUACAGAAUGCAAUACAUUAAAGAGCUUCAUAAUGAAAAUUAUCAUUUAAGUAUGAGAGUUAUUUCUUCCGCCAUAGCUAAUUCAUGGAGGAACGAGCCUGAUAAUGUUAUUGAGCAUUACGAAAAUAUCGCAAGACAAGCAAAUAAGAUUUUUAAACAAAAGUUUCCAAAACCACCCACUCAUCAAAAAAUCACUGUUUCCCAUUCUCACAAAAAGACGUGCGAAAUGUCAAAAGGAAAAAUAAGAACAUUUUGCUUGGCACUAUUGGUCAUACAGCUUUUUAUCCUUACGUUCCUUUGUCCAGCUCUUGCACUGGCAAAAGUCUUUAUGUUUGAUCAAACCAAUGGGGAACUUAACUAUAAUAAAGGUGUUGAAUAUUCCUACAUAGUACUUACUUGGUCAACAGCUG